UAUGUGACGCAGCAACUCGACCACUUCCGCUUCGACGAGACGCGCACGUUCUCCCAGAAGCUGCUGGUCCACGAUGCCUGGCACCGCCCCGGCGGCCCGCUGCUCAUGUACUUUGGCAACGAGGGCGCCAUCGAGGACUUUUACGGCAACUCCGGUGGCCUCAUGUUCGAGCUCGCGCCGAAGCUCAACGCGUCCGUCGCCUUCCUCGAGCACCGCUACUACGGGAGCUCGCUUCCGUUCGGCAACGCGAGCUACGGCAGCGACGAGCUCGCGUUCCUGACCGUCGAACAGGCGCUGGCCGACAUGGCCCUGGUGCUCGCGACGUCGUCCGAGAUCCUGGGCGCCGCGGACGGGCCCGCGGUGCUCUUCGGCGGUUCCUACGGCGGCAUGCUCGCCGCGUGGUUCAUGCUCAAGUACCCGCACCUCGCCGCCGGCGCGGUCGCCGCGUCGGCGCCCGUGGACCUGUACCCCGGCGAGGGCAAGGAGCGACCGUUCUUCGACGCCGGGCUCGAGGUCUACGGGACCUACGGCUCCGCGGCGUGCGAAGCGGACCUGCGCGCCGCGCUCGCCGCGCUGGCGGCCGCGGCGAAGACCGCGGCGGGCCGCGACGCGCUGGCGCGCUCCUUCCGCACCUGCGAGCCGCUGCCGGACCCCGUCGACGGCGACCGGCUCGCGUCCUACGUCAACGGCGCGCUGAGCACGCUGGCCAUGCUCGACUACCCCUACGCGUCGGCGUUCGUGGCCCCGAUGCCCGCGAACCCCGUGCGCGUCGCCUGCGGCCGCGUCGCCGCGGCGCCGUCGGCGGCGUCGAAGCUCAAAGGCGCCGUCGACGUCUUCCUGAACCACACGGGCGAAACCGCGUGCUACGACGCGCGCCGCGAGCUGCUCGCGGCGCCCGGCGCGCCGCCGCUCCGCGCGCUCGGCGCCAUCGACCGGCCCUGGAACUACCAGGCCUGCACGGAGCUGCCGCUCGAGCCCCUGACGUCCGACGGCUUCGGCUUCUUCGUCCCCCAGAGCCCGAAGGCGCUCGCGGAGGUCGAGGCCGCGUGCCGCGACCGCUUCGGCGUCGCGCCCCGGCCCGACUGGCUCCGCCAGUCCUUCGGCGACGGGGCCCAGCUCGCGGCGAGCCUCCGCAACGUCGUCUUCACGGACGGCGACAAGGACCCCUGGCGCGUCGGCGGCGUCCCCGGCGACGCGCGCGCGCUCUCGCGGGACGGCUCCGUCGUCCACGUCCUCAUCGCCGACGCCGCGCACCACCAGGACCUCUUCGCCUCGGACCCGGCGGAUUCGCCGGGCGUCGUCGCGGCGCGCGUUCUGGAGUUCGAGCACGUCUCGCGCUGGGUCGCCCGGGCG